UUUGCGUAUGAUGUAGUAAAGCGACGUUUCAAGAACCAGGAAGAGGUGUCACUUGUCACUCUGCUGCCCAUGAGUGUGUUACUGGUGGAGCCGUUCUACGGGGGUUCACACAAGCAGCUGAUUGACCUGCUGAAGGAAAACAUCGACGACUGCGUGGUCUACAGCCUUCCAGCCAAGAAAUGGCACUGGAGAGCGAGAACUUCAGCACUGCACUUCAUGCAGAACAUUCCAGAAAGUCCCUCCUACAGGGUGCUCCUGGCUAGCUCUGUGCUGAACCUAGCUGAACUGGUGGCUCUGCGUCCUGACCUCGGCCGCUUGAGGAAAGUGCUCUACUUUCACGAGAACCAGCUGGUGUAUCCUGUCCGGAGGAGCCAAGAAAGAGACUUCCAAUAUGGUUACAACCAAGUCCUGUCAUGCUUGGUGGCAGAUACAGUGUUGUUCAACUCCAGCUUCAACAUGGAGUCCUUCUUGACCUCCGUGCCCUCCUUCUUCAAGACGGUCCCAGACCACCGGCCCAAAGACCUGGGGUGCCUCAUCCGACCCAAGUGCCAAGUGCUCCACUUCCCCAUCCGAUUCCCCGAUGUCACAAGGUUCCUCCCAGAGCAUAAACUCCACCGCAUAAGCGAAGGCUCACACGUAACUUGUCCAGCAGCUGCCUCUGGAGAUGGUUCUUCUCACGGCCAGUUGGAUGUGGCAGCAUCAAGCAGGUCAGAGCCACACUCCGGGUCUGCAGAGGAGUCCGGUCAGCACCUCCACCACCACCACCACCAGCAUCAGGGCACAGUAGUGACCCCUGUGCUUGAGAGAGACACGGAGGAUCAAACGGACCCCCAGCCCCAUCCCCUUCCCCAGCCCCUUGCGACUCUGCCUCAGGCCAGCCACCCAGGAGCACUGGAGCCCUCUCAGCCCUCUCAGCCUCCUCAGCCCCGGCCCCUCCACAUCGCCUGGCCACACCGCUGGGAGCACGAUAAGGACCCCGAGCUGUUCUUCAGGACCCUGCUGAAGCUCAAAGAUGGAGGACUGCGCUUUCAAGUCUCCGUCCUGGGGGAGACCUUCACCGACGUGCCCGAUAUCUUUGCGGAGGCUAGGGUGGCAUUGGAGGACCAUAUUCUUCAUUGGGGAUACUUGCCCACCAAAGACGACUACCUCAAAGUUCUCUGCAGUGCCGAUGUCGUCAUCUCUACGGCCAAGCAUGAGUUCUUUGGAGUUGCAAUGCUUGAGGCUGUCCAUUGUGGAUGCUACCCUCUCUGUCCGAAGGCCUUGGUUUACCCAGAAAUUUUCCCUGCCGAGUAUCUCUACUCAACACCUGACCAACUCUGCAAGAGGCUUCGUGGGUUCUGUAAGAGGCCCGAUGUAGUCCGGCGACACACUGUAAAGGUGGAUACACAUGUGUACUCUUGGGAGGUGCUGGGGGACAGGUUCCGUAGCGUGUUGUCCGUGACGGGCCACAGUUUCUCAGGCGACGGAAGCCAGGCAGAGGUCAAUCCUGCUGGGGCCUCUUCACCAUCAAUGCAGCCAGCUGGGGUGAGCUGACGGAUAAGGAUAGGGAGCCCAGCCAUCAUCCCUUCUUGUCUUUUACCAUCAGAGACUUGGGUGCGAUGCCCUUGUCCAGCACCCAGCCCUCCUUCCCUCCUUCCAUCUCUUCCUUUGUGCCACCAGAGGACUGGAUCGCGACUCCACCCCCCCCACCCCCGUCUUCCUUUUGAACUGAGAGAAACCACGUUAGUAGCCCGUCCAUACCCACUUUUUUGCAUGUCAUCAGUGCUGGAAUGGAUCUCAGGCCAUUCACAUUUCUCCCUCAUCACCAUCUAAUACAGGAACAGGACCCCCAUCACUGUCUCCACACCAUCAAAGACAGGGUUAGACCUCAAUCCACCACCGCCUCCAAACCCACCCUGGCCUGCAUGCCACCAGAGAUGGAAUAGGGAGGGCAUCAUUCACCCACCCAGCCUUGCCCAGCCCUCCAUCUCCAUCUCCUUCCCUCCCAGCAUGAAGGGAACCCCCCAUGGUGCUGUCUGAAGGGAGCCGACACACGUUCUGCCCGACUACUCUCCUACUCCUGCUCCUCUUCCCAUGGCAGCCACCACCACCACCACCACCACAACAGCUAUCUUCGACAGACAGCUUCAGACGCACAUCCACCCUCAAUCUCCCCCAACCCCCACACCCCUCCCUCCCGC